ACACCGGCAAAAAUAGGUGCCCAUCUGAUUUGUAAUCAGGUGCACUUCAUCGGUGAAAAAAACCAUAACAUAUUGGCGUACAUUUUGUUUAAAAUCUAUAGGUAACGAUGUCCCUGCUUCGUUCAUUAAUAAAGAUCAAACGAGUACUUCAUUCUAGAUUUCCAUAUGGUUACAAGGCACUCAAAAUCCCAUGGGCAACCAUGGCAUCCACUGCUGAUCAGAUCUACGGAAUUCUGGAUUCAACAUUUGUAGUCCAGGAUACUGGUGUCCAUAUUCAAGAGGCCAAGUGUAAGUCAUUUAUCAGUUUCUACCGGAAUCUAACUGUUCAAGGAGAUAGAAGCUUGUUCCUGAGACUCAUGGCUGAACGAUAUGGAAUCAACCACGACUAUGUGAUGCAGCUGUCUAGAAACCUCCCUGCAGCUCAGGACCGCAGUGAAGCGAUGUUGUUAAAGACGGAGGAGAGGUUGCGAGGUGCUCUGAUGCCGCGAUAUCAACAGUUGUUUGGUCAAAUUGGCAAGGUCGACAGCGGGGUCAAAUUUCUGGUGGACAUGAGAGUGGAUGUACUGAACUCCAUGUCGACCUGCACCAAUGAAGUAGACAUGGCGUACUACCAAGCCCUCAACCUGUCCCUCAAGGAGCUGUUGGUGCUGUGGUUCUCUGUGGGGCUUCUCAAUCUCCAGCGAGUCACGUGGGAGUCUCCAUGUGACAUGGUCCAGAAGAUAACAGACUAUGAGGCAGUCCACCCGGUGAAGAGCUGGACAGACGUCAAGCGGCGUGUCGGACCGUACCGACGGUGCUACGUCUUCACCCACAACAGUAUGCCAAGAGAACCUGUUGUUGUACUCCAUACAGCCCUUACAGACAAUAUUUCAUCAUCAAUACAUUCCAUCAUCCAGUCCCCGGGGUUCCGAGGCAGCAGUAACCCUGAAGAGUCUAGUCCUGAGGUCCUGGACCCACCCACAGAACAAGAGGUCGAGGACCCUUCCAAGAUAUCCACCGCUGUCUUCUACUCCAUCACGUCCACACAGAAAGGUCUCCAGAGUGUUGAUCUUGGAAACUACUUGAUAAAGAGAGUUGUGAGAGAGCUGCAGGUCGAAUACCCACAAAUAGACAAAUAUUCAAGUAUGUCUCCCAUACCAGGCUUCCGAGUGUGGCUUAUAGGGGAGAUAAACAAGGCCCUACACAUCAGUGACAUUGGAGAGGUGAUAGAAGACAACCUCCUGACAAGGUCAGAGCUGCUACAGCUUCAACCUCAUGGGAAGAAUCGAAAUGCUCUGGAGACAUUUAAACAUUGUAUACAAAGUCACCAGUGGCUGAACAGUCCCGACCUUCUUGAUAUCAUUAAGGCACCACUGAUGAGAUUGUGUGCCCAAUACCUUUAUGUUGAGAAGAGGAGAGGAUAUGCACUCAAUCCUGUUGCAACAUUUCACCUAAAGAAUGGAGCCGUGAUGUGGAGACUGAACUGGUUGGCCGAUGCGUCGAUGCGUGGACUCACUCAGUCAUGUGGCAUGAUGAUAAACUAUCGCUACUUCCUCGACACUACAGAUGAAAACAGCCAGAAAUAUCUCGAAAACCACACCAUUGCAGCUUCACAACAGAUAAUAGACUUAGCUUCAGGUGUGACACCGCAAGAUUAGAGUGUGACGUUUAAGGGCUGUGUAAUAAUGAACCUACAUGUUGUGUCAAGGUGUUGUGUGUGGAUGUCUGAGAGCGUACUGUUACCCAUAAUUCUAUGUGUGAAGUCCAAGAUAACUGAGUGCUUCUCAUGAGAUCAACGUGUGAUCGGAUGAGGACAUUCAUCACUGCCAUGAACAUGUAGAUUGUGUCUCAUUGUCAUACAGACAUCUGUUUUGGAGGGGUCUUAGGUUCCAAGACUAGAAGAAACUGUUACCAUGGAUACAGGUGAACAAUUGUUUCCAUGGUCAGCUGAAACACUAUUUUACAAAAUAGAAGAGGUGGAUCACAGAUUAUAAAAAGGGGUGCACAUUACGCUCAAGUGAUGAAGAGACUUGGCCAAGGGCGAAGUUAGCAUGUAAGGUGUCUGAAAAAAGGAGGGUGCACACCCCUUCAUCCCCCAGGGUUCCACCAGUGAAUAGUUCCCAUUAGAUUAUACUAGAUAUAAUUUCAGUAUAAGUUCUCAUCACUGUUUCUGAAGGAUAUGCAUGUUGUUUAAUGCUUAAAUAUUAUUGUGCAAAUUUACAGAUGACCUCUUUCAAGUAUGGUCAUGGUGUUAUUGUACAUCUGGAGAGUUGGUAGAAUCUAAAUAAUUCUCAAUCACAUACAAUUAAGAAUUGCAAACUUUAUCAGGUUCAGAAUUUUGUGAGUGUAUGCAUAGUCCAAUCAAAAUCGUGUGACGAAAUGGGUUCAUAAAGAACAUGGCGAAUUCUGUUCGCCCUGAUUAUGUUUCUAGGUUUGUCAGCACCAUACACGUGCUUUUGGGUUUCACCGAAGUGGUAAACGUCUGAGACCUGCAUCACUUGGU